AUGACAGCCCCCCUGAGCUUGUCCAGUGGCUUGGAGGUCCUCCUCUCCACCCUGCAGAAUGCAGGGGAUGUGGAGAGUACCUUACAUAUUCUCAAUGUCCUGGAUGAACUUCUAUCUGCUGGUACGGAUCGUCGUAUCCACUAUAUGAUCAGUAAGGGUGGCAGCGAGGCCUUGCUCAGCGCACUGGUCACCACUGCCCGCAGCUUCAGUCCCAACUACACCCUCCUGCUGCCACUGCUGCACCUGCUGGCUAAAGUUGGACAGAGAGACCGCCGAAUCGGUAUGAAGGCAGAUGAGGCAGGAGCUGUGCUGCUGACUCUGAAUCUGCUCAGAAAAAAUGACCAGCACGCAAACAGGGCGGCAGCGUGCCUCUGGGUCAUCCAGGUGUUCUGUUCAUCAGUUUCUACAGCAAACCUAAUAGGAGAAAAUCAAGGACUGGAUGUCAUCUAUCACCUCAUCCCUCACUAUGCCACUACAAAUCAGCACACCAUCAAGGCAGCCAUUGAUGCCUUUGCUGCUCUGCUGUGUACGAAGGCUAAUGUGUGCUGGGUGGUAUCUAAGGGUUACAUAUUUGGCCUCCUGCGGCUUUACGAGGACUGGCACAGCAACGGAGCUCAACAUGAUGCCAUUCCUAUCCGCCACUCCCUGCUGCGCUGCCUCCAUAAGGUCACCAACAGUACUGCAGGCAGACAAGCUUUCAUGUUGCAUGGAGGCAUCAGAGUGCUCUACGAAUCUACACAGACAUGUUUGCUGGGUAAAGGUCUAGAGUCUCUGGUGGAGCCGUCUUUGCAGCUCAUGAGGAAGUGUCUUCCUACAACUCCUCUACCACUGACUUCAGAUCAGUCUGCAUACACCUUCCCCCUGCCUGGGAGAGCACACACUGUGCCUGACAUAGAACCAGAAGCAGAUAUGAGAAGUGAAGCGAGUGAUGAUGAUGAGGAGGCUGAAGAUAACCCAAAGCCAGACUAUGAUGAUGAUUUGGAGACUGACCUGAACAAACUUCGUUUCCUUCCCGACCCAGACAGACCCAACGAGCUGCUGCCACAGUACAGCCGCCUCUGUCCUGAACUCUCACAUGACUUCCAGGAGCUGGAUUUGAGUUCCGAGCCCGAGGAGGGUUCCACUGCGUCUUCGUCUUCCUCAGACGACGAAGCUGUGCUGCUCAACACUUCUUCUUUCGGCUCCUCCAGGAGGGACAGGAGGAGGAGUUCUGCCAGCUGGGAUUGGUCCACCUCCUCCUCUGGGUCUCACUCAGAGACAGAACCAGACACAGCAGCUGCCUCACAUUUAAAGGCGUGUGAUUUCCACAGUGACAGCAGCAUCCUCAGCACCAGCCCCAGCUUUAGGACCAUGGUUAGAGAGGCAAGGGGAAAAGCCCCUCCCGGUCAGAGAGGGGAUGAGCUGGAUGAUGAGGAAGACGCAGAAGAGUCCCACCAUGGAACCAUGAUAGACACUCUAUUGGAGAGACAUGGAGUCUGUAUUCCCCACCAUGAACCCAGGCUGUACCACGCUGCUGCUGCCAAAACCAAAUCUAUUCCAGGGUUCAGCAUCCUGGCUUUCCCUGAUUUCUGGGGUCACCUCCCACCACCAGGGCAUGAACCCAUGGCUCCACGUAAACCAAACGUUCAGAGACAGAAAGUGUUUGAAGAUGUCCAACGUUUCCUGAAUCCUGACGACAUCAUCGACCAGGUAGUGUUUGACCUGGAAGACAGCAGUCUUCAGUGUCCAUCUGAUUCCUUGAGGUUUUACUCUAAGUUUGAAUGUGGGAACCUAAGGAAGGCUGUUCAGGUCCGAAGAUAUGAAUAUGACCUCAUACUGAACGCGGAUGCUAACUGUAACCAGCACACGCAGUGGUUUUACUUUGAAGUCAGUAACAUGGUCCCAAGCACCCCCUACCGUUUCAAUGUCAUCAACUGUGAGAAGAGCAACAGCCAGUUCAACUAUGGAAUGCAGCCGGUGCUGUACUCUGUAAGGGAAGCUCUGGAAGGAAGACCACACUGGGUCAGGUCUGGGACUGAGAUUUGUUACUACAGAAACCACUAUUGUCCAGCUCGGGGCAGAAGGAGAACCACCUUUUAUACUCUGACCUUUACCAUCACCUUCAAACACAGUGAAGACGUCUGCUACCUGGCCUACCAUUAUCCCUACACGUACUCUGCUCUCAAGGCUAACCUGAAGCUGCUGCAGAGGUCAGUGGAUCCUACCAAGGUGUUUUUUCAGCAGCAGGUUCUUUGCAGCACUCUGGCUGGAAACUCGUGCCCAGUGGUGACCAUCACUGCCUGUCCUGCCAGCCGGAGCUGGAGAGACAUGCACCAGCUCCGUAAUCGCCCCUACAUCGUGCUAACAUGCCGUGUCCACCCAGGAGAGUCCAAUGCCAGCUGGGUGAUGAAAGGCACCCUGGAGUUUCUGUGCAGCAGUGAACCGGUGGCCCAGAGUCUGAGGGAGGCCUUCAUCUUCAAGAUUAUUCCCAUGCUCAACCCCGACGGAGUCAUCAACGGCACGAAUCGCUGUGAUCUGAACGGUGAGGAUCUGAAUCGUCAGUGGAGUAAACCAGACCCCGUCCUCAGUCCAACCAUCUAUCACACCAAGGGCUUCCUCUACUACCUCAACAGUAUAGGACGGACUCCACUGGUUUUCUGUGACUACCACGGCCACUCCAGAAAGAAGAACGUCUUCCUGUACGGCUGCAGUCUGAAGGAGACCCUCUGGCAGUCUGGCUCUUCUGUUAACACUAUGGGAUUAAAAGAGGACCCUGGAUAUAGGACCCUUCCAAAGACCUUGGAUAGCAUCGCACCAGCCUUCUCUUUCAACAGCUGCAACUAUUUGGUGGAGAAGUCCCGCUCUUCCACAGCCAGGGUGGUGGUGUGGAGGGAGAUGGGCGUGCUGAGAAGUUAUACCAUGGAGAGCACUCACAAUGGCUGCGACCAGGGAAUAUACAAGGGCCUCCAGACAGGAACCAGGGAGCUGCAGGAGAUGGGCCUGAAGUUCUGCCACAGUCUGCUGUCCUUAACUAAAGACAUGAAGGCUCUUUACAGCACCAGAACCAUCAACCACAUUGACCUGGACCACAAGUCUCACAACUGCUUUGAAGACGAUGAGCCUCCAUGUGUCGAGCAGAUCGAAUAUUCCACAGACUGGCCCUUGUAUAAUGGCACUGAUCUGGACUCAGAUGUCAACAGCAACAUGGCCCGUGCUGACGAAAAGGAGGAGGACAACGAUGAAGGACACAGGGGGGGAACACUCAGCCGAGGCAGCAAUGGCCAAUCGCAGCAGUCAAUGAAGAGCUAUCUACUGUUCCCUCACCCGAUGAGACAGACCUCCAGCGAGAAGAGAAGCAUGUGUAACAGUGUGAGCGCCAAUGGACAGAUCAUGAGUUAAAUCAUUAUUUCUACAUGUUUUUUACAACUUUUCUACCAAAGCUCUUCUUACACCAGCUGGCUAAAUGAUUCAUACAAACUAAAAACAGAAGAUUGGGAUAAUACAUCAAAUCUCUUUCAACCUUAAAAUACAGUGAGACUUUAUAUAGAAACAAAACACUGCACUACACAAAUUCCUGGUUCACUCAUCUCACAAGAGUUAUACGUUUCUUCCUCGUGUUCGCUAGCUGUGUCUGUUCUCCCACUUUGUCUUGCUUUUUGUUGAGUGGUUGAAUUCUGUGGGUUUAUUUAAACCAACCAGGGAGAUUUGGUUAACUUGAACCUGCUCACUCAUACGCACAACUGUUCUUACUACUAAGUCCUCACGUGUACCUGUUAACCGUUGUUUUGAUGUUAUUAUCAAACGUAGGAAAGAUCAUUAAUUAAGUAUUGAGCCUAUGUUGAAUUGGACAAAGUGCCUCACACUUAUCUGGCAAGGCUUUAUUUUCUGAUCUCUGACAACUCUAUCCUUGGCUUACUGGGGCUGACAUGGAUUCUAGCUGGUGCUAGCUAGUCGUGGUGUGUGCCUGCGAGAUGUUACUCCCCCUAGAUUGGUAUCAAGGUCAUGAACACUGACAUUGGGUAACAUACAACGUAGCUGGAGAUGCAAGUCAAAUGUUGUAGGUAAUCAGAAUCUAAUUAGGGUUUAUUGCCAAUAGGUUUUAUUACAUUACAUUACAUGUACGCAUGCCUACGGAGCUAAUUGGGGUUAAAGUAUCCUGCCCAAGGACACUUUAAACAUUUUGAUUGCAGGGGCGGGGAUCAUCUACUCAAUGCUGCUUAACAGUGACCAACUGUACAUCACCUGCAGACAAGGCUAUGCUAAUACUACCGCUAACAGGCCUGCUAUCAGGAGACCCUGGGACCUCUUUAAUUAAGUCGGCAGAGAUGAUUUGUGGUUUUAAAAGAGAAUAACUAUCUGCGACAGUGGAGCAAUUACACAAAACAUCAAAGCGCAGUUAGCAUGGUUAGGUUAAGCUCAUAGGCUAGGCGUAUGACCACUGAGGAAACUUUAAGAGACAUUUAGUGGAGAUUAUUCAUCCCCCACUGAGCUUGAUACCUCUGGGUUCUGCUCAGUCCAGAUCCAGAUCCGGAUGCAGUUUCAAAAAGUCCUAGAGGGACUUCAGAUUCAAAAUGAUUCAAUAAUAAUUGGUUAUGAGGGCUCAGGAUAGUCUUAAUGGUGUGGACUGGCCUCAUGCAAGCUAACAAUUAACAUGAAAGCCAUUAAUUUAAGGAACAUACAUACUAUCUUUUUUUUCUUAAAAUAAUAUCUCCAGUUUCUAACAUUCAACACAUUGGCAGAUGUUUCUCAUCUUUAAAAAAAGAAAUGGCAAAUCUUAGAAUUGUUGUGUUUUAAAUAUUGUGUUUUUUAGUCAUUGUGUGGGAAACAAAUAAAUGAAAGUGUGUUCUUAAUAUUUAGUAGUAUUAUAUUACCGUAAUAAAAAACAAACACCUUGUUAACCACAAACACUUUAGAUAAUCUCUCGUUUAAAAAAAAAAGGUGGUUUAUUUCUGUCUGUAUACUAUUUAGAUUAAAACAUUUAAACAGCACUUCAACAUCAUUUUUCUAUAUCAUAGAUGAAAUUGUGCAUUCAAUAUGUAAACUACAGUGUAGGGUGUUGCCUUGGUUUCUGAUCGGUUUGAACAAUGUUGUUGUAUGGAUAUGUUUUUCAUCUUGAUGUUCAAAGAUUUCAAAAUGUUCAGUGACACAUGUAACAUUUGAGGCUUGUAGAAUAAAGGUGUUUGU